CACCAUCAUCACCAUCAUCACCUUCAUCCACAGCAACGACCACCAAGAUCGUCUCAUUGCAAGCCUCCCAACCAAGUCUUGGAAAACAUUCUGGUCUUUGAGCCUCAACAAAAAUGCCCCGCACCCCCGAAGCCCAAGCAUUCUUCUACGCGGUCUACGCCGCCGUCCAAGAAAUCCCCGAAGGCAAAGUCACCACCUACGGACACAUCGCGAAACUGAUAGGCACCCCCCAGCGACCCAGACAAGUAGGCACAGCCCUCAAGCACCUCCCCGCCGACACCUCCCUCCGGUACCAUCACGACAAUGUCCCCUGGCAGAGGGUAAUCAACGGGAAAGGGAUCAUAUCUCCGAGAUCACAGCCAGAUGGGGCUCGCAACCAAGCUGCAAGUUUGCAGGCUGAAGGCGUGGUCGUCGCAACAGGGGCACUUGGUGAACUAAUGGUAGACUUUGCAGAGUAUGGCUGGUUCCCACGACUGUUGCCCUCUGACGAGGCAGCGGGCGUGGUUCCAGAAGACAGUGAUGGCGACGGAGAGUCCAGUGAAGAAUAGAUUAUGAUUAUUAUAUGUUCUAUGAAACAAAUGUCGAC